AAUAACAACACGGACGAACGGCGUGAUGCUUCAGUCGAGGAGGAGAGCUGAGAAGACCGUUCAGGUGAGCUGCUGCAGUUUGGUGCACCAGGGAGUGUUUGGAGCUCUCGAGGGCUGAGCUGCUGGUUUGGUGCAGUGGCUGGAGCUCGCGAGGGAAUGCGGCCCCAGCAGUCCCCCCUGCUCCUGUCUGCGCUGCUACUGUUGGUGCCGGCAGUGACCUGCGCUAACCCAGCUGAACGGAGCGCUGCGGCGUCCCGCAGACAGCCCGCCAGUCUCGGUGGUCGGACCGGCCGGUUUCUGGGUCUGUCCCCACCACCUCCACCGCCGCCGGCCGCCGUGCCCGUCUACGGCGCUCCGGCGUUCGCCGACGGCACCAGCGCCGACCAGCUGGCCGUGUACGACUACUCUAACGUGCGGAACGACCUGGCGCACUACUCGCGCACGCUGGACACGGCGUUCGGCCUGCUGGUGGCGCUGCUGGGCGUGCUGCUGCUGCCGCUGCUGGUGCCGCUGCUGGUGGCAGCGGUGGCGCCCUGGCUGCUGGACACUCUGACACGUGCUCUCGCCGAAUAUUAGCAGCCAUUGCUCGGAGCUUUUGACUCUGAUCAUGAGAAGUGUGUUCACUGUACAACUUAUUUAUGCAGAAAUACAAAGUAUGCUUUUA